GCGUUACUUCCUCGUAUUCAGAGUGAAAAGUGAUUUGCUUCUGUUUUCUAACUCGUCUGUAUUGAUGUCAUCACAUGCAGCAGCUUUCACCUCUGGACCUGAUUUGUUCACCAGCAGAGAGCUGUGCCGUACUUCAGCCCAACCAUGAAGCCAUCUUCUCUCCUUAUUCUGCUGCUGAACUGCUUCUGUGUCUUCUCACAAAUUCCCCAUGAAAUCGUCUACGUUGUGGGCUGCUGGGAAAACAGCACAACGCAAGUUCAGUAUGAGUUUGACGGUGAGGAAUUACUCUACAUGGCCUUUGUGAAAGAUGAAACUGUUUACUCUGUGCCACCUAAUCUUAUGCUCAACCCAAGUGAAAUCUUCGCUGGCAGACAUGUUCAUAGAAAUGCUCUUAUGGCAAAAAGAGCUUGUGGAGUAGCUGAGGAUAUCUUCAGAACUAAGGGGAUACAUCCGCCAGAGGAGAAAGACCCUCCAGUGAGCAUCCUCUACCCUGCAGACGAGGUUCAGCUUGGAGUCAAAAACAACCUCACCUGCUUCGUGAACCACUUCUACCCACCAGCAAUCAAAGUCAGCUGGACCAAAAAUGGCCGCCUGGUGUCAGACAGGGUCUGGCUCAGUCGGUAUUAUCCCAAUGAGGAUCAAACCUUCCACAUGUUCUCCACCUUGGAAUUCACACCAGAGGAGGGGGACAUUUACAGCUGCACAGUGGAGCACGAAGCUCUGGACUGGCCUCAAACAAGGAUCUGGGAUGUUGACGUCGGUCAUCGCAGCCUUGGACCAGAUGUUUUCUGUGGAGUGGGCAUGACUCUGGGCUUGUUGGGCAUUGCUGGUGGAACAUUUUAUAUGGUUAAGGGACACGAUGCACACCAGUAAUUUCUCUAAUUUAAAGCUC